AUCUGGGCUUCCGCUAGCUUGUCCUUGAAGACAUUCCGAUUUUCGUCUUACAGCAGUGCACAUAAGUUCCCAUAGAGCAAUGGGGCCCUGUCCCCCAAUUACAGGCUCGCUCACUGGAGUCCCUCCUUUUUUGUAACGCAAAUCAACAUACACCAAGAAACAUCCCUUCUGGGGUCACCUCGUUUUGCCACCCGAGUUCUCGUCUGUCGUGGUAUUCUUUUGUUUGCUAUAUUUUGGUUCUUCUCCUAUCACAUUUCAUGGUCGCCCAACCCACGAUGGCAAAAGGCAUCCUCCCCCCCCCCCAGCAUGCCUCCCCGCAACUGUAUGGAACGAUCGUUCUUGGGCAGUGGAAGGAUGCAUUCCUGUUUGCGUGGCACGGCUACGGAAAUGCCGCUUUCGGAUAUGAUGAGCUCCUGCCGACUUCAAAUGGCAGCAUUCAGAAUUUCAAUGGUUGGGGAGUGAUGCUCCAUGAUUUUCUGAAGACCAUGCUUCUCAUGCGCCUCAAAAACUCUGAAGAGUACAAGCACGCGAUGGAGCAUGUUGCCAAGCAGACCUUCAAAGACCAUGUGGGUCGGAACCGUCAUAAGUUUGCGAAUUACAAUGGUGGAAUCUCUUUCUUCAAAACAACCAUUCGCUACUUAGGCGGAUUGCUGUUCGCCUGUGGAUUGUCGGGCGACUUGGUACUUGGAAAAGGCCAACGAGCUUGAAGAGACACUGCUUUCCACGUUCAAAUCGGCUUCAGGCCUCCCUUAC